AUGGAGCAGAAGUCCCCGCGUUCUUCAGUAUCAGCAAAUUACGAUCACGCACACCCCUUUCAGGUGGGGCACCCGUCGGCGAUUAGAGCCCACGAUUCUGGCGAGUGUUUCAUCACCCACGUGGACGUCUUUCUCGGGUCGUUGACCUUUACUUCGGAGCAACUGGCGUGUUCACUUGCAGUACGCAGUAAGGACCGAGGAGCUCAGGUUACGAUCCAAUCGCUUGCAGAGUUCAAGCCGGAGCAUAUCGAUUCCACUUCGGUCCCUUUCCGAGUUGCAGUCUUCGUGAUCUCCACCCAUGCGGCGGGCAAGCCAGCGCCCAACGCUGAGCAGUUUCUGCUUUGGCUCCGCAAGACGUCGGAAGCAAAUCACACAGCAACGAAAACUCCACGACAGUUCGAAGACGAUUAUCAUCCUGAUGCGGCUAAAGUCUCCCCACCACCACACGCGACAAUUGAUAGUCACACCAGAAUGUUCACCCCCAGCACUCGACAUUUUACACUGACCGCAUCACAACCUGCUUCAGAAGCCCCCGGUCGCUCUACACAGACAGCAAAGUCAAAUUUCCACGUGAACUGGCGACUCCCGUUCAGCGGAGCCAAAGCGUCAAAGGUUGAGUGUGAGCCCACAGGGGCUUUGCAUGGGUUCCAGUACGCAGUCUUCGGUGUCGGUAACUCCAUUUACCGCUCAUACAAUUCAGCAGCCAAGUACGUUGACAGAGCGUUGAAGAGUCUGGGAGCCGUACGGGUAUGCGCUCUCGGUCUCGGCGAUAUUUCGAAGGAUAUCGACGAGGAAUUCACAAACUGGGAGAACGAGCUGUUGCGGUUGGUGUCCGGCAACUCUGGCACCUCAUCACACGCCCCUCUUACCCCCGAGCGAAAACCGAUUCAGCCAUUGUCCAGAGCUUCACCCCCAGGGGCUCCAAGCAGUACAAACGCCAAAAUCUGCGUUGAUGAAGUAGUGGAGGACAAGCAAAUAGCUACUCGUGGGCCAACAACCGCCGACUUGGAGAUGUUUAUCGGGCCUGUCCAAGAGCAGCAAGAGAGGACGAGGCAGAGGCGGCACAGUAGUGCGACCACCAUGAUUCUGUCGAGGCGAGGGAACUUUGGUGCCAACGCACCAACUGAAGUCAUGCCACCGCUCACUCAUCGCUCCUAA